GCGGGAGGAGGAGGAGGGCUGUCAAAUUCGGGAGCCAGAUUUUUUUCCUUUCCCCUGGCAGUCCCUUCCGCUUCCCCGGCUCCUGGCGUGACAUCUGCGGGCCGGGGACCUGUAUGUGUGUGCGCGCCAAGGAGCGGAAGAAUGGCAGUGCUCAAACUCACCGACCAGCCACCAUUGGUCCAAGCAAUCUUCAGUGGUGAUCCAGAGGAGAUACGGAUGCUCAUCUACAAAACGGAAGAUGUGAAUGCUCUGGAUUCUGAGAAGCGAACCCCGCUUCACGUGGCUGCGUUUCUGGGAGAUGCAGAGAUCAUUGAACUCCUGAUUCUGUCAGGAGCUCGUGUGAAUGCCAAGGACAACAUGUGGCUGACCCCACUGCACCGGGCUGUUGCCUCCAGAAGUGAAGAAGCAGUGCAAGUGUUGAUUAAGCACUCGGCUGACGUCAACGCGAGGGACAAGAACUGGCAGACCCCGCUCCACGUGGCAGCAGCCAAUAAGGCUGUCAAGUGUGCAGAAGUCAUCAUUCCCCUGCUGAGCAGCGUCAAUGUCUCUGACCGAGGGGGACGCACAGCCUUGCACCACGCCGCUCUGAAUGGCCAUGUGGAGAUGGUUAAUUUACUCUUGGCCAAAGGGGCAAACAUCAAUGCGUUUGACAAGAAGGACCGGCGUGCUCUGCACUGGGCAGCGUAUAUGGGCCACCUGGACGUUGUGGCGUUGCUCGUUAACCACGGCGCGGAAGUGACGUGUAAGGAUAAGAAGGGCUACACGCCCCUGCAUGCAGCAGCCUCCAAUGGGCAGAUCAGCGUUGUCAAGCAUCUCCUGAAUCUGGGGGUGGAGAUUGAUGAAAUCAACGUGUAUGGAAACACGGCCCUCCACCUGGCCUGCUACAACGGGCAGGAUGCUGUAGUCAACGAGCUGACCGACUACGGUGCUAACGUGAACCAGCCCAAUACCAGUGGGUUCACCCCGUUGCAUUUCGCUGCUGCCUCCACACACGGUGCUUUGUGUCUUGAACUACUAGUAAACAACGGGGCAGAUGUUAACAUUCAGAGUAAAGAUGGUAAAAGUCCUCUGCACAUGACAGCUGUCCACGGAAGGUUCACACGGUCACAAACCCUCAUUCAGAAUGGAGGUGAAAUUGACUGUGUGGAUAAGGAUGGCAACACUCCUCUCCAUGUGGCUGCAAGAUACGGUCAUGAACUUUUGAUUAACACCUUAAUAACCAGUGGAGCUGACACAGCCAAGUGUGGAAUCCAUAGCAUGUUCCCCUUGCAUUUAGCUGCCCUCAAUGCUCACUCUGACUGCUGCAGGAAGCUACUGUCAUCGGGCUUUGAAAUAGACACCCCAGAUAAAUUUGGAAGAACGUGCCUUCAUGCUGCUGCUGCAGGAGGUAACGUGGAAUGUAUAAAACUCUUGCAGAGCAGCGGAGCAGAUUUCCAUAAAAAGGACAAGUGUGGGAGGACCCCUCUGCACUAUGCAGCUGCAAAUUGUCAUUUCCACUGUAUUGAGACAUUAGUGACCACAGGGGCCAGCGUUAAUGAAACCGAUGACUGGGGCCGCACCGCUUUGCACUAUGCUGCUGCAUCAGACAUGGAUAGAAAAAGUAAGACUAUCUUAGGAAACGCCCAUGAAAAUUCCGAAGAACUUGAAAGAGACAGAGAGCUGAAAGAAAAGGAAGCUGCAUUAUGUCUAGAGUUUCUGCUUCAACAUGAUGCAAAUGCAUCUAUCCGGGACAAGGAAGGCUACAAUAGCAUACAUUAUGCUGCUGCCUAUGGCCACAGACAGUGUCUGGAAUUGCUUUUGGAAAGAACCAACAGUGUUUUUGAAGAGUCAGAUGCUGGUGCUACCAAGAGUCCACUCCACUUAGCUGCCUACAAUGGGCACCACCAGGCCUUGGAGGUCCUUCUGCAGUCGCUGGUGGACCUGGACAUCAGGGAUGAGAAAGGCCGCACUGCUCUGGAUCUAGCUGCCUUUAAGGGACACACAGAAUGUGUGGAAGCACUUAUCAAUCAGGGUGCAUCCAUCUUUGUGAAAGACAAUGUAACCAAAAGAACCCCACUUCAUGCCUCAGUAAUUAAUGGUCACACACUGUGUUUGCGGCUAUUACUAGAAAUUGCAGACAACCCAGAAGUGGUUGACGUGAAAGAUGCCAAAGGACAAACCCCGCUGAUGCUUGCAGUAGCAUAUGGACACAUUGAUGCUGUUUCGUUGUUACUUGAAAAGGAAGCAAAUGUGGAUGCUGUUGACAUCAUGGGCUGCACAGCUUUACACAGAGGGAUUAUGACAGGACAUGAGCAAUGUGUGCAAAUGCUGCUGGAACAAGAAGUGUCGAUUCUGUGUAAAGACUCCAGAGGGAGGACACCCUUGCACUAUGCGGCUGCUCGUGGCCACGCCACGUGGCUGAGUGAGCUGCUGCAGAUAGCACUUUCCGAGGAGGACUGUUCUUUCAAAGAUAACCAGGGCUACACGCCGCUGCACUGGGCUUGUUACAAUGGUAAUGAAAACUGCAUAGAGGUACUUUUGGAGCAAAAAUGUUUUCGAAAAUUUACUGGUAAUCCCUUCACUCCACUGCACUGUGCAAUAAUAAAUGAUCAUGAGAAUUGUGCAUCCUUGCUACUUGGGGCCAUAGAUUCCAGUAUUGUCAAUUGUAGAGAUGACAAAGGCAGGACACCACUUCAUGCAGCCGCAUUUGCUGAUCAUGUGGAGUGCUUGCAGCUUCUUCUGAGACACAACGCUCAAGUGAACGCAACAGACAAUUCAGGGAAAACAGCACUGAUGAUGGCUGCUGAGAACGGGCAGGCCAGCGCUGUGGAUAUUUUGGUGAACAGGGCCCAGGCUGACCUGGCUGUAAAGGAUAAGGACUUGAACACACCCUUGCAUUUGGCUAGUAGUAAACCUUUGGAUGCCACAAAAAGUGCUCAGGUUCAUGAAAUUCAUUUCAAGGGUCAUGAAAAAUGUGCCUUGUUAAUACUUGACAAGAUACAAGAUGAGAGCCUUAUUAAUGCAAAAAACAAUGCACUGCAGACACCCCUCCACGUUGCUGCGCGCAAUGGCUUGAAGGUAGUCGUUGAGGAACUGCUAGCCAAAGGGGCCUGCGUACUUGCUGUAGAUGAAAAUGCUUCUAGGUCAAAUGGACCCCGUUCCACACCUGGAAUAGCUGUACAAAAAGAAGAAUGAGACUCUUUAGAUUAUGCACAUACACAUGCACACGUAUAUGUAUGUAUUUAUAUAUAUAUGUCUGUAGUUCGUCAACCAGCUAUCCACGAGGACCAAAAUGCUUCAGUCUAAAAUGGAAGAUUUAAAUUGUUUUCCUUCGAAGUGGAAGUGAGAACUGAAACAGCUUUUCUAUGGAGUUAAAAUGUAAUCUUUUUGUGUAAGUCUUUGUUGUGUUUUAUAUUUCUUAUGACACAGGUUUCUAGUUGAUGGCUUAACAUUUGUAACUGAUAAUGUGUUGACUACAGCUUAUUUUUUUGCCAAACUAGAGAAAAUGUUCAUAUACUUUUGAUGUAAAUGUGUUUGUAUUUAUUUGAAAUGAAACAAAUGCCGAGGAAACAUCCAUUGUUUGUUCUCUGUUUUAAUUCCUACUUGUCUUACUUGGAAUCAUGAAAAAGCCAGAAAAUACACAGGACUCUCCCUGGGCUGGCCCGCAGUCCUGGGGCCAAGCCCAGCAGCAUUUCCACUCCUAAGGAUUCCAGCCAACCCUCAGGUUCUUCCACGUCGGUCGGAAAGGGGUAAAACAUCCGUGGCUCAGCCCGUGUGUAGCCAGCUAAGAGCUUAAAAGACACUGCAGUCCUGUGAUCUACGAGAUGAAAACUGAAGUUUGUACUGGAUCAUAUGCCCAAAAGUGGCCCAAAGAAAGAUAUAGAAAUUAUCCUGAAUACGCUGAAAAUUUCACAUGAUCCCAGCAACCUAACAGGAAACUAUGUCAGUGUGUGGGCACAUGUACCAAGAAGAGAAAUAAAAAUCACCAGCUCAUGCUAUUUUCCACUUGAGGAAGAGACAGGAAAGAAACAUGUUGCAUUAAGGUAGUGCUCUCCGACAUUUUAUAAUCGAUUCCAUUUUCACCCUGAAAAUUUCUAUCUUAUAAUAUAUGUGAGAUAUUUUUAAAACAGUGUUCUAUCAUGUCUGGAUCAAAUACAGAUACUGUAUUAUAUAUUUCAUCUAAUUGUAAAAGACUUUAAUCUUACUCUGUAAUAUCCUGGAUUUAAUUAAAAACUCAUGCUGUGUUCUUCACAAAUGAGAACUUGUUCAAAGGACUUCUAAGAACUGGUGUUAAUUUCAUUGAAAAAUUUUGACACCACCAUAUUGUUUUUUUAAUUCUUGCUGUUGUGUUCCCCUCCUUCCUCUGUCCUUUCUGUUUGUUUCGAGAAGAUGAGUUUCGAAAAAGUGGAUAAAUUGCUAAUGAGCAGUAAUGACCUUAUCUUUACCAAAACCCUGAAAAUAAGGUAGAUCUAACACUGAAGAAGCACGAUAUACUGCGGAGUCUUUUUCUAGAAGUGAAUGGAAAUCUUGCUCAAUUGGCAUUUAAAGCAGGAUGUGCGAUGCCUGCUUUAGUGGUGAAGCAGCAUUAACAUUUUUCCCCGUAGAGUAGCACAGAGAACAAGAAACACUGCGGCAAAACAGUGGCAGCCACGCGACAUUAUCUCCACGGAGCUGCGUUCUGACUUUUCCCCACUCUUUCACUGCUAGAAAGAAGGAAGACAAAGGAACAAAAUGAAAUCAUGCUUUGAAUUGUUCACUGAAUCCAUCUCUCGCCCCUGCUCUCUUUCUCUUUCUCCCUCUUCCCCAGACCAAUUUUUUUCCUUUAAGAAACGACUUUAAAAACUAUGAGUUCUGUUUUUCACAUACAUCUCUUAGAAAUAAAGCUAGGUUUUCCACAUAGCUUUCUAAGAAAAACAAAAACAGAAAACAUUGUGCUUUUACCUUAAUGUGUUCUUUUUAGACUGUAUUUUAACCACAGCCACGGGGAUCAUGUUUCAUCGCACUUACCUAUUCGCCGGUGUCUGCCUAUCCUGGGUAAAUAUGUUACUAUCUCCAAAUGGCCUAAAAUCUGCUAUGAUUCCACAGUAAAUAGCUCAGGGGAUUUCUAUUUAUCACUACUAAAAGGGCACCAUAGUAUGUUUUGGUACUUUAGGCAGUAAACAGCUGCUUGGGUUAUUAUUUUAUUAUUAAAUUAGGACAAGAACAUCAAAUGGAUUUGCUGCACUAGUAAUUCUUCGUACUGUUGAGCAACUAAGUUUGCUUAUCUGUUGUGUUGGUUGAAGAACUCAUCCCUUUUUUUGACUUGUAAUAUGAAGUUAGAGUGCCUUUUUACAUUUGUAUAUUCUGAAAAUGUUCUGUGAAAUGUUUGGUAAUUUUUUCAUUUGAGUGUUAUCAGAGCAAUAUAAUACCAGUGAGUUUUCAUUUCAGCCUUUCUUUGAAUGUAUAGAGUGUCUUUUUCCUCCUUCCCCUUUUACCUGCUUUGAAAUGAAAAUGAAGAUGCAAAGUUUUCUAUAGGAAUUGUUUGAUUUUGCAGUGCUAAACUGCUUUCUUUUUACAAAACUGUAAACCAUAGGUCAGUGUUAUAGGGGAAGAACAUUUUAAGAUAGUGACAAUCUGAGUGUGUGUAUAAAAUGUAAUUCUAAGCGUUUCUUAUGCAGUGAUCUAAAAAUUCCAUGCAAAUAUCUUUUGUUUGGUAGUUUUGUCUAUAUAUUUUAUGCUUUAGCAUGUGCAAUAUAUCUUUGUAAAGCGCGAUGAUACAAAUCUGGUGCCAGUGUUAUAUUUUGCAUAACAUAUUUGUAACAGCAUAAAAUAUUGUUUGAUGAUUUCAGUGGGAUUUUUGUCUGUAAUGUUUUCUUAUGUGAGUUGGAGUUGAAUGACUCUGGUAAAUGCCAUGACUGUAAAAAUGAGGAAAUGACUUUGAACCAAUCUGAAUCUUCUCAAGCACAGUUUAAUACUUUUUCAACUACUGAAUGCUAAUUAUGUAAUGAAGUACUUAACUGUAAUAUACUAUGGAAAUGCAUUCAGAUGGUUAUUUUUACAAAUAAAA